AGCAGGAGAUGCAGGAGAAGAUGAGCCUUUCUCCGGCCGAGGGCUGCUCUGAGGUUGUUGCAGAAAGCAGAUUUCCAUUGAAAGGAGGUGGAAAAUGUGAGACCCCAGGAAAGUCCUUCUUACAGCGUUAUGGAAGAAGUGUGACCUUCCCCCUUUGGCUCAUCCUGUUUCCACUGGUUAUGGUAUUAGCCAGUGUUCUACCUCUCGUCCUUGGUGGCACAGGUGAAUGUCCUGCCCCUGUGACCACCCCCUCUGACCCCUGUGACGACGGCUGGAUCUGGUACAUGAAAAAAUGUUAUUAUUUCUCUGCCAAUAUUACCGAGUGGGAGAAGAGCCAGGAGUUCUGUGUCUCCAGGAAUGCUACUCUUGCCAUUAUAGACUUAAGACCUGAGCUGGAUUUCAUAAUGAGAUUUAAAGGGUCUUCUGAUCAUUGGAUUGGUCUGAAAAGAGAAUCUGACGGAAGCCCGUGGCUUUGGACAAAUGGCUCAGUCUUUAACAAUAUGUUCCCGAUCAUCGGCGUUUCGGACUGUGUGCUGGUGAACAGCGGUCGCAUCUCCAGCGCUUCCUGUUACUCGGAUAAACACUGGAUCUGUAACAAGCCCGACACUCACAAUUCUCAUUUUUAAUAGGAGACGCUAUAAGACCAAGUGCACAGAUAUAUGCAGUU